UCUCCCAGCGCUCCGAGAUUCCCGUCCAUCUUCGUCCGUCAAACGCUACGCGAUCACCAUUAACUGUCCGGCCAGUGGUGCGAAUGCAGCCAACCGGGGUGCUGCCAUCUUUCUCGUUCUCGGACAGUGCCCGGGGUCCGGGAAGCCGGAGGCGGCCGCUUGUCCUGGUCUUCCCUUCCCUGAGUUCAGUUGGUGGCAGUUGGAGCUGAGCCUCUGGCCGGUGCCGUGUCCCCCCCAACCCGGUCCUUUAUCAUUUCUCUCUCUCCCUCUCUCUUUCUGUGCUGCGUUGCGGGUUGAGAUGUUUCUGAGGGCGAGGUGUUUGAGGGGGAGUUGAGGAGUGGGAGAAUAUCCGUCUGUCCGUCUUUACCCUACAUGUGUCCCUGUAUGUAUUUGCUGAGUCCUCCAGUAGGUGGAAUGAAUGAACACUUUGGGACUCUGUCAAUUUAAAACUAAGAACUUCUUCAUUUAGAAGAAAAGCAGGCAAACAGAUACAUGAUUAACCUAUGGAUAAAGUUGGAAAGAUGUGGAGCAAUUUAAAAUACAGAUGUCAAAACCUUUUUGUUAAUGAAGUUGGAGGCAGAAAUGAAAAUGACUUCAACUGUCCAAAAUGUUUGGUCAGUAAAAAUGUAAGUGUACAAGUUGGUGAUUUGCCUCAGCAAGGUUUCAGUCCAUUAAAUAGAAAUGGAACUCUGUCACUGGUUGCAGACAGAAGGAAUAGAAAUUGUGUUUCUGACAUCCCAGAGAUUGUUGAAGCUGAUUUAGAUAAAGAGAAUGAGAACUUGCCUACUACACAAGAUUCUCACCUUGUUCGAAGAGACUCUUACUCCCGUCAUGCUCCAUGGGGUGGAAAGAAGAAGCAUUCUUGCUCUACAAAAAUGCAAAUAUCAUUUGAUAUAGAUAAACGCUUUAGUCGGACAAGAUGUGGGUUACAGAGACGUGAAAGACGAUAUGGUGUAAGUUCUAUACAUGAUAUGGAUAAUUUGUCUAGUCGGAGUAUGAAACGGCAAUCUAUACGCCAGCGAUUGCAAGAAACUGUGGGACUGUGUUUUCCACUACGAACACGCAAUAAACAGUCAAAGAGCUUAUUCUCCAGCAGGAGAAAAAUUUUGCUGUCUGAACUCAUGCUUGAAAGAUGUCCUUUUCCAGCUGGAUCAGACCUAGCGCAAAAGUGGCAUCUUAUUAAGCAGCACACUGCUCCUGUGAGCUCACAGUCAGCCUGUUGGCUUGAGACAUUUGAUCCAACAUUUGCUUCUGCAGAAGAUGAAGAAGAUAGACUUCGCGAAAGGCGUAGGCUCAGCAUUGAAGAAGGAGUCGAUCCUCCUCCCAAUGCUCUUAUACAUACCUUUGAAUCGACUGCACAAAUUAAUCAAACAUACAAGCUGGGACCAAAGUUAGCACCUGGGAUGAGUGAACUUUCUGGUGACAGUCGUGCAAUAACAAAUGGAGAUUGGGACUCCGAAGAAGAUACCACAACUCUCUGCCUCCAGGCACGUAAACAGAAACCACGGCAGGUGGCAGGAGAAAACAUCAGUCAUUCUACCAAACCUGGACCCUGGAAAGUGCACACGCAAAUUGAUUACAUUCAUUGCCUGGUACCAGACCUUCUACAGAUUACAAGUAACUCUUGUUACUGGGGAGUGAUGGAUCGUUAUGAAGCUGAGGCUCUUCUUGAUGGCAAGCCUGAAGGUACUUUUUUACUCAGGGACUCCGCACAAGAGGAUUACCUUUUCUCUGUGAGCUUCCGCCGUUAUAACCGCUCUUUGCAUGCAAGGAUUGAGCAAUGGAAUCACAAUUUUAGUUUUGAUGCCCAUGACCCCUGUGUUUUUCACUCCUCCACUGUAACUGGCCUUCUGGAACAUUAUAAAGAUCCCAGCUCGUGCAUGUUUUUUGAACCUUUGCUUACUGUUCCACUGACCAGGACUCUUCCUUUCAGUCUGCAGUACAUCUGUCGUGCAGCUAUCUGCAACUGUACAACGUAUGAUGGAAUAGAUGCACUUCCACUUCCUCCACCUCUACAAGAGUAUCUGAAAGAGUACCAUUACAAGCAAAAAGUAAGGGUGCGAUGGCUGGAAUGAGAGCCAUUUAAAGGUCAAAUGAGAAGUGCACCCAAUAAUUCUUGGCUCUAUUAAAUUGCCAAAAAUUGCAUACUCAUUGAAUAUGUUUGGAACGUUUAUUCAACAAGAAUUCUUUCUGAAUUACUUGGGCUUGAAUUGACUUAAGUGGUUUCUCUUUCAGGUACUUGAGCACUUUGUGGUGUCAGAUUUUUAGUGUGUACCCCUGUUCUACCUGUAAAUUAAUGUGCAUAUAUUUAUUAUGUUGGCCUUUAAGGUUUUACUAGCUUUUAUAGUUGUCUAUGUGCAGGAUAUGGUCAAAUCAAAAUCAUUUGAUUCGGGCAACUGUGGAGCUCUAAAAUUGAAGCUGAAGCAACAUGUAGUAUGCACAUUUACUGCAGGAUCUUAGAAAUCGUAUAAUGAAGUUCAAAUUAACUUAAUGAGGCCACCCUUUUAGACAUCAAACACUACUUGUGUUGAAUUGGCAUUCUGCUAAUUAGCCUGGAUGAUUUUAGUCAAACUGGAAAGAUUUUAAUUUUUGGAGGUAUACAAAGAUUUCUUUUGUUAAUGCAUUCUUUGGAAUGGUUUCAAGAUACUGGUUGUCUCCUGUAAUAGUGCAGCUCAAGCGCUUAAUUGGGUGUGUACAGUACUGCACUAUCUUUUGAGAGCGGGUGUUAAAUCGAGUUGUUAGUUCACACCUGUGGAUGAAAAAAUCCCUUAACACUCUUUUUGAAAAGUAGGUGUUAUCGCACUCUCCUAGCUAAUCUUUGUCCCUUACAUAGUGUCAGUUUAAAAUACGUUGCUGUUUGAGGGAGCCUGCUGCACAAAUCAGCUGCACAUUUCUUGCAGAACCACUGUGACCACCAUUCAGAAGAACUUAAUUGGCUGUUCAGCACUUUGGCCUGUCCUGAGGUUGUGAAAGCCACUCCACUAGGAUCAUUAUCUGAUUUUUUUUAAGAUAGUUAUCUUGAAAUAAUCUUUCUUUUUAAGAGAAUGGGCAGUUUUUGUUCUUAGCAGUCGUCCUGAUGGACAUCAGCAAAGCUGGCCCUUGCAAUUUUUGUAUCAUUUCCCAAAUUAAAAUUAGUUGACAUUAAUGAGUGACCACAGGUUAUCACUUGCUAGUUGACAUUUAGAUUCUCUAAUUUAAAGAUCUGCCUGAAUAGUGUAGGACAAUCUUUUUAAUAGCUGAGAUGUCAGUUUAAAAAAAAAAUCUCAAUUGACUUUAGAAAUUCACAAAGAACAUUUGUACAUUUUAUCUAAUAGCCUGCAAGCAGGAAUCCAGACUGUAAGUUGUAUAGUUGGAGUAUAACUUUACUUUGGCAGUUAAAGAUGAGCAUUGGACCAAAAUAUAAAUUUAAGUGUGAAGAACAAUUUAAAACAGAGAAAAACAUGAUAAUGCCCGCAAGUUUUCUUUGAAAUUUGGUACAUAAGAGCUUACGUGUGCAAAUACCUAGGGACUUGUAAAACCAUAGGAUUCCACGUUAAGGUAGAGAAGGAUGAGCUUUGAGCUGUUUUCACGUCCUGUUUUGGUUCAUAAUUAGGAAAUUGGAUGUCCUUGCAAUUCUAUUUAUAGUUACUACACCCUAUUCUCCAGUACUUUUUGCAUGAAACAAAGACAUCAGCAAUUUCUCCCACUAUUGAAACAUCUCAACGCAGAAUAAUGAAUAAUCUGCCCCUCUUUGCAAAUGAUUUUCCUCCUUUUUUUACUGCUUUGAUGAAUAUGGGGCCACUUCCAAAUAUAGUGAGCAGGAGUAAGGUCGGUCUUUCUAACAGUUAACAAGUUUCUGGUGACUAAAUUUUUGUUCAGGAUGUAUGCAUUUUGACAGUGACCAUUAAAUUAUUUGGGACCCAAGACUAGAAAUAAAUGAAAUUUAAAAUAUGAAUUUAAUAUUUUAGUAAGUUUCCAGAAAAGCAGUUUUUAGUUUUGAUGUUUUCCAUGAAGGUGAUAACUAUAAUCUGUUAUCCUUUUUAAUUAGCCCACUUUGUUGUGACUAGUGACCAUUUUCACUUCAAGAUCCGCAGCAAUGUGGUUACCCCUUAACUGUCUGCUGGCCAGCCAGUGAGACCCUGAUCACGUGAAUGAAUGAGUAAAAGAAAAGAAUGCACCCCAAGGAGUGUUUUAGUUUCAAUCGAAACUUUUGAACUACCCACUACUUGGAUGUAGGGAAAAUUAUUAAUUAUAUAUUGGCUCCAAAAAUAAUAACUGAUACUUUUUAAAAUCCAGCCACAUUCUUAAAAUAAAUGAAAUUUGUUCAAUACUGACCAGAAGCUUGAUAGUUGUCCUAUAAAAUGCUGUGAUUUUUGGCUUUUUUACUAAACAGCUAUGUUAGUCUGUCUUUGCAAUUUUGGCUAUGUGCAGCCCAUUUCUAUCCAAAAUCAGCUUAUUUGGUCCCGUGUUAUGCAGCUUGCAUGUCGCAUGCUAUGUAUCUUGUGUGUCGAAGGAAAAGCAGCAUUCAGCAGAAUUGCGUUACAUUGUAGGAAAAAGUGGGCACAAACUUAUUUUGUUGAACUAGAUUAUUUCUCAUCCUUGUCAAAUUUUAAAUCGAUAUAUGUGCAGCCAGAAUUUUAGUUUGACUGCUUAUGAUACCGAAAGGUGCCAGUUUAAUAAAUUCAAUCAGAUUUAGUUUCCAGAUAAAGUAGGAAGUGUAACAAUGUGAAUUCUGCUUUUUUAAAAGCAAAUCGUCGAUUCUUCAAUUCUGUGUUUUAAGAUUUACCUUUGCUUUUUGCAAGUCUUGCUUUAAUAGCACAAUUGUAUAUUUGGAAUGCAGCGCAAGUACACCCUGAAAAAUCCUUAGCUAUCUUUUAUGUCUUUUUGUUUUAAGAGUUGUAUGCUUAUUUGUGGACUGUUAACCACAGGUGCUGUGAAGCUGAACUUUACCACAUCAAAAUGCUUUCAACUUGGCUUGUUUCAACUUCUUACUAAACUAUUCAUAAACUUUGUAAAUACUGUUAGUUCACAUUUGUUCUCUGUCCAUUCUAGAUGUUAGCGUGGAGGUCUGCUUCUUAACAUACAUUUGAUCACAUUUUGUUAAUGUCUUACUGAACGUGUACAACGUGCACAUUAAGUUGUAACUCUUUGUCACCAACAGAGCUAACCUCCCACAAUUGUUUGUAUAUGUAUCCCAACUGCAGUUUUUAAUCAUCAUCUUUUCUGUACCUGCAGAAGGUUACUAAAUUAAUCUAAGAUUGUCUGCAAAGCCACCAUCUUUAUGUUGAGUCCUGGUGAUGCAUGUGUAAAUUGUGUAAUUGGUUCAACUGUGUAAAUUUGUUCUCCUUGGUAUCUGAAAUUGUUUAUGUGGAACUCUGAUUAAGAUUACCUGAUUUACUGACUUAAGGUGCUUUUGGAAGCAAUAAUUUGUUUAAAGACAUGCCUGUCAUGUGUUCUGUGGUGAUCUUUGACUUUGAAGUAUGAUAUCCUGUACUAUUUUUUCCAACUAAAAGGAUCUUGCUGGACAGUUUCUCAAUUUCUGACUUAACGUUUUACUCAGGUUAGAAGGCUUGGUGAAGAGAAUGUGGUCCAAAACACACUAUUUAGAAAUAACUAAUUAUUUCUCCCAAAUUUUUAAAAUCUGAUCAGAAUCUUGGCUUUUCAGGGAAAAAAGAUAAAUCUCAAGGAGCAGAGAUAAUGGGAACUGCAGAUGCUGGAGAAUUCCAAGAUAAUAAAAUGAGAGG